AUGUUCUCUGCAUCACCCAUGUGCAUGCCAUGUGGUGCCCCUGACACAUCUGGGGCGCCCUGUUUCGAUAUGUGGAAGGAUUAUCUGAGCCUCUCCAAGGUGGUAAUGGAGAUCCUUGAGGCACGAAAGAAGGACUCAGUUGCGUUCUCUCCAACCUGGGACACGUGGGACUACAACAUGGCGCGACAUGCGAACAGCCCGGAUGGUGUGGCGCACUGGACCAGCGGCAGCGGGUCAAGCGGAAGCGACGCCAAUGGCCAGGUGUCCCAGAGCUCUCGGCAGAUUUGCAACUUCUGCAAGCACAACGGAGAAUCCAAGCAUGUCUAUUCUUCCCACCCGUUGAAACGAGAGGACGGCGUCGUGGUCUGCCCCAUCUUGCGCAAGUACGUCUGCCCGCUCUGUGGCGCCACGGCAGACAAGGCCCACACGCUGAAGUAUUGCCCACUGAGCCACCAUGCCAAACAGUCCCUCUAUCGCAAGUGCGGACGAAACUCGGCCGGGCGCAAAGUCAGGAAAUGA